CCUCCGCGGCCGGCGCUGCCAAGGGGGGGCCAGGCAGCCCCCGCCCGCCCGGGCACCCCCGCGCACCCCGCCGCCCCCCCGGCCCGGCCCGGCCCGGCGGGGAUGCGCGGCCGCGGCGCACGUGUGGCGGCGGCAGCAUGGACCGAGCGGCGGGGCCGGAGGCGGCCACGCUGGUGUCGGGGGCGGCGGGGGGCGGCCGCCGCCGCCCGGGCGGGAGCAAUUGGUCUGGGAGUCUUAUUGUAGCCUCUUUAAUUGGUGCUUUUGGGUCGUCUUUUCUUUAUGGUUACAAUCUCUCCGUGGUGAACGCUCCUGCAGCGUAUAUCAAGAAGUUUUACAAUGAAACUUGGGAAAGAAGAUAUGGCUUCUCAGUGGAUGAACGCACACUGACUCUCCUCUGGUCUAUAACUGUUUCUAUUUUUGCCAUUGGUGGCCUUGUGGGUGCCAUUAUUGUAACUCCAAUUGUGAAGUUCUUCGGACGGAAAUGUACAUUGCUCCUCAAUAAUGUGUUCGCAGUGACAGCUGCAUUGUUGAUGUCCUUUGCCUUGUUGGCAGGGUCAUUUGAAAUGCUCAUACUGGGCCGCAUUAUAAUGGGUGUUGACGCAGGCAUUUCUCUGAGUGCCCUUCCCAUGUAUUUGAGUGAGAUAUCUCCUAAGGAAAUCCGUGGUUCAUUGGGUCAAGUCACAGCAAUUUUCAUCUGUAUUGGUGUCUUCACUGGUCAAGUUUUGGGGCUGCCAGAAAUAUUUGGGCAAGAAUCUCGGUGGCCUUACUUAUUUGGAGCGAUCAUUGUUCCUUCAUUGAUACAAGUUGUGAUUCUCCCUUUUCUUCCUGAAAGUCCUCGUUACCUCCUACUUGAAAAACAUAACACGAGCAAGGCAGAAAAAGCAUUUCAGACCUUCCUUGGGAAAGACGACGUGUCCCAUGAAGUAGAAGAAGUUUUGGCAGAGUCUCGAGUCCAAAGAAACACCAAGUUAGUGUCGAUACUUCAGCUCCUGAGAACCCGUGCUGUGCGAUGGCAGGUCAUUACCGUGAUCGUCACCAUGGGCUGCUACCAGCUCUGUGGGCUAAAUGCUAUCUGGUACUAUACAAACAGCAUAUUUAGUGAAGCUGGGAUCAAUCAUGAAACAAUCCCCUAUGUUACUCUAAGUACUGGUGCUGUUGAGACUGUGGCUGCUGUUUUUUCUGGCUUAGUUAUUGAACGGCUUGGACGGAGGCCUCUUCUCAUCGGGGGCUUUGGGUUGAUGGUUGUCUUCUUCGCAGUACUUACUGUUUCUCUUACUUUACAGGAAACCGUGCAUUGGCUUCCUUACCUCAGUAUAUUUUGCAUCCUUGCAAUCAUCGCAUCGUUCUGCAUUGGACCAGGUGGGAUUCCAUUUGUCCUCACCGGAGAGUUUUUCCAGCAGUCACAGAGGCCGGCCGCAUUCAUGAUAGCUGGGACAGUCAACUGGCUCUCCAACUUCGCAGUCGGACUGCUCUUCCCUUUCAUUCAGGGUGGUUUACAGACCUACUGCUUCCUAGUGUUCGCUGCCAUCUGCUUUGCAGGAGCUACUUACCUGUUUUUUGUCCUGCCUGAAACAAAAAAUAAGACAUUUAAUGAAAUCAGCCAGGCAUUUGCCAAAAGGAAUAAAGUAUCUUUAGAAAUGCAAGAAAUGAACCACUACGCGGGGGAGAGGAAAUCGAGUGCAGAACAAGAAUCAAACUUCACGUCUUCGGUGGACAACGGGGAAACCAAAAAAGGGAUUGUGUAAAUCCCAGGAUGCUCUUUCGGGGGACAGGGGAAAACAUGCUCUCUUCAUUCAGUACAUUUAUAGCAAUGCACAACUUGUAUUUUUUUAUGUGCCAGCAUGAACUGCUUCCCCCUUGAAUAUGUUUUAAGUGAGUAUGGGUGAAUUCGUUAGCAGCUAGGGUCAUGGUUGGGGAAAUGAGAGGUGGGAGCAGUGGCAGCUGAUUAAAUAAAUAAGAGCCAGAGUUUUAUUGGGCACCUCUGAAAUAGGUGCUGUGGUGAGUGGGGUGGGGAAUAUAGGCUCGGGGAAGCAAAGUGGCGGUGGGGAGCAGGGGUUGUGAGCACCCCUGUGUGCUCACGGGGAGGUAUGUGUGCAGUCACCAGCAGGGAGGAUGAAGAGGAGGAGGCAGGGGAAGGGGAAGAGAUCCCAGCAGGGGUCUGCUAAGAAUCGAUGCAAGCAAACCUGAAAUGGUACUGGCUCGCAUUUCUCCACAUUUCCCAAUAUGUCAUAAAGUUGCAGAUGAGAAUUGAGGGCUUGAAAGAAGACUCAUGACACUCCCCCAACCUCCCGUUCCUUUUCCAGCUCUUUUGACUUUCAGUUGCUUCGUCUCAACAUCUCCCAGCCUCUCAUAAAUGGGGAGUUCGGGGUCCUGAUAGGCUUCCUUGUCUCUCUUGUAAAUCCUGAUUGACUAAUAAUAGAGCUGCCUCUAGUUUCUGGGUCUGCUGGCACUGCCUUUCUGUGGAUAUAUAUAUUUUUUUUAAUUUUAUUUUUUAAGAAUACCUAUACAAGCUUUAAUAUGAAAAGAAAACUAAACCUCAUGAUGAAGUGAGAGAGCUCUGAUGGUACAUGUAGAGUGUAGCCAAAAAAAAAAACUCAAACACUGGGUUUUCCAUGGGUUGGGUAUUUUGAUAGUUUUUUUGCUUUUCUUUUCAAGUUCCUUUUAAAACAAGUGUUAGGAGCCAAAAUUUCCUUGAGACCCAAUAGAUGUCAUUUCUUAACACUCAGAUCUCCAAAGGAAUUUGGGUGCCUAUUUCUUAUUUAAACACUAAUUUUCAUUUGGGCAUUAGAUCCUGAAGCUCCAGACCUAGUUCACAUUAAUAAGUUCCUAGGCUAUUUAAUGCUUUAUAAAACUGUCCUCUCCUUAAAUUUGUGAUAGAAAGACUCAGCAGGCUGUUGGGGGUUAGGUGAUCCAUUCCCUUCCACGUGGGAUUUUUUUUUUAUGAAUGUCAUCUUUCCAGUUUGUAAUUUAAUAAUAGUUUUCUUGACCCUUCUAGGUACCUGGAUGCUGAGGGGGUAAUAAGCACUUUUAAAUCAAGUAGUUAGCUGUUUUAUAUGGAAAGUCAGUAAGUCUUAGGGCUGCUCUCCAUUAGGAGUAAGGCACAAGAAGCAAGUGAAGCAUCUAGGUAGAGCCAGCUGCUUCCACAAGUUAUAUUUACUAAUCCAGAAGUUCAUAGAUUUGGAUGUGUGUUGGAAAAAAAAUCAUGUAUAUCUUCAUAUAUAUUUGUAUAUUUUACAUACAGAAAUAUAUGAAUAUUUAUAUUCAUAUAUAUACACACAAUGGAGAAUUGCUUUCCAAUACUUGUUUUUUUCAGAUUUCCCCAAAUAAUAAGCUGUUUAUGGUUUUGUUUUACACUGUAAAUUAUACCAUAAAUCAAAAUCAGAGAUCCUAAUGUUCAGCUGUUACUACUAAAUUAUGUAUAUGGUUUUAUACUGUGAUUUAUUUAUAUGUAACAUAUUUACUGCACACACUGAGAGCUGACCUAAUAGGGCGAUUUCACUACGGGGUAAUAGAAGAAAAAUUGUUACAAACCUUUAUCCCAGGAUUUAUGCUAUUUUACUGGGAUAGAGUUACAGCAGCAGUGAGAAAAUAAAAAUAUAUGUGAGCAAGAGAAUUAAGAAUGAAAAAUCAGAUUUAUUGUAUUGGUGCUACUGUUAAGAAACAGAAUGAAUCAGGAUUGUACCAACUCAUAACCAUAUACAGAAGCUAAUCAAAUACUGUGGAAAAAACUGAAGAUAGAUAUCUUCUAAUAACCGCUUGUAAAAUUAUAUAUAUGGCAAAUGAAUGUGUCAUCUUUCAGUGCCUUUAGUUGCCUAUUCCAUGUGUUACAUGAGGCUUGCUAAGUGAAUGGCUAUGUAAAAAUCAAGCUUGAAUGCCAUCCCUCCAGACAAUUUCAGGAAGAAAUUCUUCCUCUUCUGCCUGCAGGGCAAGACUGGCAAGUUCAGACCCUCUCAUUUAGAUUGAGAAUUACCUUAAAUUGCAGGUAGGGCCACUAACAUGGUACGGUAUGAUCUGAUUUGAAUCAAGGUAGCAGGAUUGGAAACCACUAUUAUCAGAAUUAGGAGGAUUUAGCACUUAAGUGCUUUCAUGAAUGUACAUUAGAAGCACUAUAUGUUGGUAAUGUUGCCGUUGGAUAGCUUCAGUAAAAUAUCCUCUUGGCCACGUAAGCAGUUAUAUUGGACUUCUGCAACACAAUAAAAUCGUCUUACAGUUGCUUACAGUUUCAUUUGGAGCCCGGCUCUGAACGUGUUGGUAAAGAGAUGGUUUGAUAGAAUUUCCUAUCACAGCUCAGGAGCUUGUACAGAUUUAACAUCAGGGGGUUGUGUUUUCCUCUUCUGCAACCCCGUUUGCCCAUCUCUUGCCCUACCUGAGAUAGGGACACUCCAGAUACACACUUUCGGUGCAACUGCAAAGAGAGCUGCUACAUGCUGAAUAUGCCAUGGGACAGUGGUAGCAUGUCUCACCAGCGGUUUGCUCCAGCCCAUGGUAUGGGUUAAAAGCAAUUCCAGUCUCCAGACGUGUAUGUGUGCAGGUGCUUUGCUCACUGGCAGGGGAAGGUGGCUGCAGUCUCCUCUGCCUUGGGUUGUGGAAGUUUCUGAAGAAACUUCAGAUGUGCUGGUACUGCAUUAACUUUCUCAUCUCUGACCCUAAUGAGAGUUUUGUUUUGAUCUUCAAGUUGUUCCGUAAUGGUUUUUCCUGUUGUUAUGCUGCUAUAGCUUCUCCAGCAAUGAGAGGACAAAGUGGAAAAUAUCAGCAAUUUAUCAUUUGGUUUUCUUGUCGAAUGUAUCAAAUUGUCUACAGCACAUGUGUUUGUCAGUGAGUGUUGUGCGGUGCCACGUUCUCUUUUCCUGUCUGUACCGUUGGGAUGAGGUACUGCGAGAUGGUGUUUGUACGAGUACCGCAGGUGGGUUACGUGUGUGUAAUCAACUAUGUCCACGCGCAAUGACUGCAAAAUAAACCUUUGGAAUUAAACUAAAA